UUUAGGACCAUGGGGAAGGGUGUGUGUGCGCGCGUCCCCGCUGCCCUGCCCAGCCGAUUCUUUCUUCUGACGUCCUUCCUUGAUGCCAGUGUCACUCUCUGCUGGGUAUGAACGUUUUACAUCCACUGUACAGUUUUUAUCUUUGGGAGCAUUCCCAUAACGUUACCCUGCCUCCCCGAUAAAGGAUACUGUUCACUGGUCUUUGUCGGGACGGGAGUGCGCUCGAGAUACGCGUAAUAGUUUGGAUUUCGUAUCGUACCCGCUGUUGUUUAUUUAUUAAUUUAUUGUUUUCCUGGAAAUGCACACAUAUGACACUUUGAAGGGGACACUGCGUCCGUGGGAGUGGUUUAUUUUCUCUGGACAACCCUAGACUCAUUGAAAAAAGGACUAUGUUUUCCUGUUUGAUGCUGCGGUAGCUUUUUUUUCUUCCUCUUCUUUUCUGCUUUUGUUUUCUUUCCGUCUGUCUCGUGAUAUACAUUCGUCAAAUGCUGAUCGUUGAGGAUACAACAUACAUUUCUGCAAACCAGACGCUGUAUAUGGACAUGGUAUGAGGACAAUUGAACGAGACGUUUUCGUCUAGAUAAGGACAAAAUUAUCUAUUGUUUCGGCUAGUCAAACUCCCACAGACAUGAGCAUCAUAUAGCCUUUUUUUAAUCUUUGUUCUUAUCCCACCAGUAUUGCGCGAACCAUCCAGCAAACUUAAACGAAAAUGAGGAUUGUUUAGGGGAAACGCUGUACUGGUGGUCUGAGAGGGCAGCGAUAGCCUCGCGAUACUGGCUCGGCUGCUGACUGUUUCUCUGUGCUGAUUCAACUAGCGACUGUCCACGGAUCGCUGAAAUAAACCCAGGGCUGCUGAAGGCUGAAGCUCCGGAGACCAUGUCCUCACGCGCAGCGCUGCAGCCGGGGAACGACAGGAAUGCAGACCACCAUGCCUCCCUCUCAGCCAGUCGUUCAGAGAAGGGUUCAGGAUGGUCGAGUCGCUCACUCGGAGCCCGUUGCCGGAAUUCCAUCGCCUCCUGCUCGGACGAACAGCCUCACAUCGGCAACUACCGGCUGCUCAAGACCAUCGGCAAGGGCAAUUUUGCCAAAGUGAAGCUGGCACGCCAUAUAUUGACCGGCAGGGAGGUUGCAAUAAAAAUCAUAGACAAAACCCAACUCAACCCUACGAGCUUACAGAAGCUCUUUCGAGAGGUACGGAUAAUGAAGGGCCUCAACCACCCAAACAUAGUUCAGCUCUUUGAAGUGAUUGAGACAGAGAAGACUCUUUACCUUGUGAUGGAAUAUGCCAGCGGUGGUGAAGUGUUUGACUACCUCGUAUCCCAUGGGAGAAUGAAGGAAAAGGAGGCGCGUGCAAAAUUCCGACAGAUCGUGUCUGCGGUUCAUUACUGUCAUCAAAAGAAUAUUGUUCACAGGGACCUGAAGGCGGAGAACCUCCUGCUUGAUGCAGACUCCAACAUCAAGAUUGCUGACUUUGGCUUCAGUAAUGAAUUUACGCUGGGCAGUAAACUGGACACGUUCUGCGGCAGCCCCCCCUACGCCGCUCCAGAGCUCUUUCAGGGGAAGAAGUAUGAUGGGCCAGAGGUGGACAUCUGGAGUCUGGGGGUUAUACUGUACACGCUGGUCAGCGGAUCACUGCCCUUUGAUGGACAAAACCUCAAGGAGCUGCGUGAGCGUGUGUUGAGGGGGAAAUACCGUGUGCCAUUCUACAUGUCUACUGACUGUGAGAGCAUCCUGCGCCGGUUCCUCGUGCUCAACCCCACCAAGCGCUGCACCCUGGAGCAAAUCAUGAAAGAUAAGUGGAUCAAUGUCGGGUACGAAAACGACGAGCUGAAGCCUCAUGUAGAGCCUGUAGAGGAUUAUAAUGACAGCAGCCGUAUAGAUGUGAUGGUAGGAAUGGGUUACACCCGUGAUGAAAUCAAAGAUGCCCUGAGCACACAGAAGUACAAUGAGAUAUUUGCCACGUAUCUGCUGCUAGGCCGCAAGAAUGAGGAUGGCAUGGAGUCCCGGUUGAGCAGCAGUCUGUCUCUAGUACGGGUGCGGCCCAGUCCCAUCACGAAUGGCACCAGCAAACACUCCACCUCCACCUCCUCCUCCAGCUCCACCUCUGCCUCCAGCCACACUAAACCCCAGCGCAGUGCCUCCACCUAUCACCGCCAGAGGAGGCACAGCGACUUCUGUGGGCCGUCAGUGCCAGUAACCCAUCCCAAGCGAAGCCCCACCAGUACAGGAGAGGGGGAUCUAAAAGAGGAACGUCUGCCCUCGAGGAAGGCCAGCUGCAGUGUGGUGGGCAGUCGUAGCAUCCCCCCGUCGAGCCCCAUGGUCAGCUCAGCCAACAACCCCAACAAAGCUGAGAUCCCUGACCGCCGCAAAGACAUCAAUGCAACAACGAACAACAUCCCUGCCAGUGCCAUGACCCGUAGAAACACUUACGUGUGUACGGACCGUACGAGCACUGACAGACACUCCUUACUACAGAAUGGGAAAGAGAACAGCUCCUUGUCACAUCGAUUACCUCCAGCCUCCCCGUCCACCCACAGCAUUUCUGGGGCCGGGGCCUCCAGCUCCACAUCUUCUGAGCGUUCUCGGUUGAUGAGGGGCUCUACCAUCCGCAGCACCUUCCACGGAGGCCAGCUCCGGGACCACCGGCCUCCCACCCACGCACCCCCCACCUCACCCACCCUCUCCCACGAAGCCCGUCCUCUGCCACACUCACGUAGCCGUGCCACCUCAAACCUGUUCUCUAAGCUGACCUCAAAACUUACCCGCAGGGUCACAGACGAACCUGAGAGAGUCUGCAGAUCUCCGGUCACAAGAAAACAAGCAAACAGCUCAAACAGAAGAAAGACAGAAAAUAGGUAGAGAACAAUAAUGAACAAUAAUAGCAUGAAUCGAUCAUCCAGAUUUAAUAUUUGCUUAGAAAAAAUUUAAACUUCUUCAUACGAUUUUAACUGUCUGUUACUUCUCCUUAGCUACAGAUACAACUACAAAAAGUCAGGCUAAAAAAUACAGGUAAUUUCUAGCAUGUGAUCCGUUCCUUGGCAGAUUAGAUUGAUCAGAAUGUGACUGCAUUUUGUUCAUUAUAUAGAGCUGUGUACUGUGUGCAUCAAAACUAGCUUAGAUGUAUGUAGAUUUUGUUUAGAGCCGUACUUGUCCUUCCCUUUACCUUUACCUUUUCCAUAUUUCUCUGACAGUGGUUGGCUGUUGCUUUUGGAAAAUCACAUUUCAGUUUUUAACGUGGAUGUUUGAAUGAUUUUGAAUUAUUAUCAAAAUAGUUUUGUUAAAAGCUGCUAAGUGUAUGUACUUUGAAUGCAGUUUACAUCCAGUUGAGAUUUACAUUUAGGUAUAAUGUGUGUAGUGCAUGACAGGUAAUGUAUGGCUGCACAGGAAUCUGUUCUGAGUUGUGUUCAUUUCCACAUAAAUAUACAGUAGUGCUCUACCCAAUAUUUUUGCUUGUUUAUUAUUGUUAUUAUGUUUCAUCCCUAUGUUUGUAUGCGCCCAUUAAUUUAAGUAUGAAUGAUUUUAUACACUACUGCUCAAAGUUUGGGGUCAGUAAGAUUUUUAUAAAAAUAAUAAUAAAAAAAGAAAGUAAUGCUUUUAUACAGCAAGGAUACAUAAAUUGAUGAAAAGUGACUGAAGAAACAUUUAUAAUGUCUUUAAAAUGAAAUGAAAAUGAAAUGCUGUCCCUUGAAUUUUAUAGUCAAUAUAAAUUUAUAUAAUAUUCUUUGGUUAUUUGAGCAGUAAAUCAGCAUAUUAGAAUGAUUACUCAAAAAAUCAGGUUACACCGAAGCCUGAAGUUAUGGCUGCUGAAAAUUCCGCUUUACCAUCACAGGAAUAAAUUACAUUUUGAAAUAUAUUUGAAAAUGAAAAAAGACUAUGGAUAUUACAAUUGUAAUUAUAGUUCACAAUAUGACUGUAUUUUUGAUCAAAUGCAUGCAGCCUUGGUGAGACUU